ACCGUCGCCACAACCCCGCCGGUCCGCCGGUGACAUGAAGAAGACCACCCCACCGGCUACCAGCAUCGUUACCCGCAAUGGAGCUCGAAAAGCUAAAAUUCAAACCCGUGCCAUGUCUGCUGGGGCCAAAGCUAUGGAUUCUAAGACGAGAGUCAAAGGCCCAACAGGGUUUGUCACUGAACCGCGGAUGGCAGAACACAGAUGUCUCUGGGACGAAAACUACCCAGAAUGCCCAGAGAGACUUAUUGGAGUUAUAGAUAGAUGUCGAGAGCUGAACCUUAUAGAGCAAUGUAAGGAAUACCCACCUCGAGCAGCUACAAAAGAAGAAUUGUGUGUUCUACAUUCACCAUCUGUCUAUGAGCUUAUGGAGACCACACAUCUGAAUCAGGAUCUGGAGUACUUGGAGGAGGUGUCUUCUAGAUAUGAUGCAAUUUAUAUACACCCUAGCACCCACGAACUAGCCCUAAUAGCAGCAGGGUCUACGAUAGACAUAGUAGACCGGGUAAUAACCGGUGAAAUUCAUAACGGCGCGGCGUUCGUUCGUCCGCCCGGACACCACGCCAUGCGGGCAGAGCCUUGUGGGUACUGCUUCUACAACAACGUCGCUUUGGCUGCGAAACACGCUCUCGAUAAAGGGGUUAACAGAAUACUGAUUGUGGAUUGGGACGUACAUCAUGGACAAGCAACACAACAAAUGUUCUAUGAUGAUCCAAGAGUAGUAUACUUUUCAAUACAUCGCUAUGAGUACGGCGCGUUCUGGCCAAGCCUGCGUCAAUCGGACUUCCACUACAUAGGAUGCGGACAAGGCAAAGGCUACACGUUCAACGUGCCUCUCAAUCAGACUGGCAUGCAGGAUGCUGACUAUUUGGCUAUUUGGCAUCAGUUACUGCUACCUAUGGCGGUAGAGUACGCCCCCGAAUUGGUCAUCGUUUCGGCUGGGUAUGACUCCGCGUUGGGAGACGAGAAGGGUGAGAUGGAAAUCACGCCCGCCUGCUACCCUCAUCUCCUUAACAUGCUGAUGUCUAUCUGUUCGUCCAUAUGCGUCGUUCUUGAGGGAGGCUAUUGCAUACCCUCGCUGGCAGAGGGCGCUGCGCUCACACUCAGGACUCUGUUAGGACACGCUCCACCUGUGUUACAGGCUUUAAGUGAACCUACAGACUCAAUUCGCGAAACAAUCCUAAACUCAAUAUACGUACAUAAACCAUAUUGGCGUUGCUACAAUUAUCAGCCAACAUACAGAGUUAGACAAUCUGUACCAAACGUGUGCGAUGACGAGAAACAGAAACAUACCGUUUCCGUCAAGUGGGAGGGAGACGAAACGAGACCUGAUCGUUACGCCACGAGGGACUGUUAUCCCUUACAGGAUAAUGAGGUUAAACGGAAAAAUCGAGAGAAAUUGGAUCAUUUGAGGAUUGUUACGAAUCUGGCAUUACCACAACACCAAGUCUGCUACAUCUAUCACCCAGCUAUGUUGAAACAUAAAAAUGUUUGUGAGCCAGGCCACGUGGAGUGCCCGGAGCGGAUAAUGCGGAUACACGAGCGUCACCGCGAUUACGGCUUGUUGGACCGAUUACACCAAUUGACAGCCAGGGCUGCCACUGACCUGGAGUUACUGUCUGUGCACAGCGAGAAACAUCUCGACAGGUUGAAAGAAUUAGCGUCAACAAAACUGCGAGACCUCAACAGCCAGAAAGAUGCGUUCGACUCGGUCUAUUUCCAUCCCGACUCUUUGGAAAGUGCCACUAUGGCGUCGGGAUGUGUCCUGCAGGCAGUAGACGCGGUACUUUCCAACGAAGCUGGCUCCGGGGUCUGCGUGAUCCGCCCACCAGGCCACCAUGCCGAUGAAGAGAUACCCAGCGGAUUCUGUCUGCUGAACAACGCAGCUACGGCUGCUAAAUACGCUAUUGACAGUCACGGGCUGAAAAGAGUCCUAAUUUUGGACUGGGAUGUACAUCACGGCAAUGGGACACAGAGGAUCACUUACAAAGAUGAUAAGAUUCUCUACAUGUCGAUUCAUCGGUACGACAAUGGGUCGUUCUUUCCCCAUUCGACAGACGCUGACUACAAUGUUGUUGGGGAGGGCAAAGGCAAAGGAUUUAAUGUAAACAUACCGUGGAAUAAGCGCGGUAUGGGCGACACGGAGUAUCUCGCGGCGUUCACACAAGUUGUCCUGCCUAUUGCGUAUGAGUACAAUCCCGAGCUGGUGAUCGUCUCCGCCGGCUUCGACGCUUGCAUCGGUGAUCCUUUGGGAGGUUGCAAAGUUACCCCAGAAUGCUACGGUCGUAUGACGCAUUUCCUCAGAGGCCUGGCUGGUGGCCGCGUCAUAUUAUGUUUAGAGGGGGGCUACAACAUCACAAGCAUCUCUUACUCUAUGACAAUGUGCACUAAGGCUUUAUUAGGAGACCCUCUAUUGCACCAUUAUGACCCUACAGCCACGUGCCAUUGGUCCGCAGCGGAGUCCAUAAACAAUGUCAUCAAAACCCAUAAAAAGUAUUGGAAGAAUCUGAAAUUCCAACUGGCUUUGCCCAUAGAACCAGUUCUAGAUGAACCCUUGCCUUCCAUAGGAUUAAUUAUUACGGAAGAUCAAAAUUCAACUGUCGAUUCUGAUAGAUUAUCAGGAGUAUCAUCAAGCACUUUGGAUGAUUCACCGAAAUCUAAUGGCUCGAGAAGCACGAGCGACUUAAAUUAUUACCUUGAAGGUAAUAUGGCAGCCUUGAGCAUAAGACCGAAGUGUAAUGAUGGUCUUCAUUGUGGGACUGAUGAUGAAGAUAACGAAAGAAACGAAGGUUUGAAACAAGAACCGAAAAAACAAAGAACUGAUGUAGAGUGUUUCAAAGUUGAUAAAACCAUUAUCGGCAGAGAUUCUAGUUCAAACCAAGAAGCUUCAAGUUCGAAUCAAAAUGCUUCAAUUUCAAAUCAAGGCGCAUCAACCUCGAAGCAAUGCCGUUUACUCGAUAAUCCUUCAAAUGUCAACCAUGGGGGUCCUAUUGAAAGCCGUUCAACUGCGACUCAAACCACAAAUCCAAGCAGUUCAAAUGCGAGUCAAGGUGCUGCUGUAAGUGCAGCUCACGGAGUUUCAACUGCUAACCGAGAAAGCUCCAGCACAAACCAAGGGCCUUCAAGUACCAGCCAAGGUGGUUCAAACACGACACCUGAAGAUAAACAAACACUUGUAGACUAUUUAGCAGAGAAUAUGCAAGCUUUAGUUGAUGAAGAGAUGUUUGCAGUGAUUCCGCAACCGUGGUGUCCCCAUCUUGAGUCGUUGUUUGCUAUUCCGAGCGACGUGAAAUUCUCGCAGGGUGUCAAAUGCGUAGAUUGUGAGGAAACUGUGGAGAACUGGGUCUGCUUGCAUUGUUUUAUUACGGCCUGCGGACGCAGCAUAAAUGGGCACAUGCAAGCGCACUACCGCAAAUCAAGUCACCCAUUAGUGCUCUCCUUGCUAGACCUGUCCGUAUGGUGCAAUGAAUGUGACGCCUAUAUCGACAAUCCGCUUCUUUAUGACGCAAAGAACAACGCGCAUCGUGAGAAGUUCAAUGAAGACAUGCCUUGGUGUUAUCGAUCUGACACAAUUCAGAUGCAUUGACGUAUUUGACGACCUCGUUGUGGUUAGCACUAGCGAUGGGAGGAGUUGUGAUUUUUUCAACUCGAGUUUCUCCAGUUGACGUGAAUGCUGACUCGAGUUGAUUCGACUCGGUGUCUGACAGAGCAAUCGCGAGUCGCGAGUAGUGAGAGCGAUGCAGCGUAUAUUCAUAUGAACUCGAACCGACAAUUCACCGAGUUGGGCACGACCGCCCUACCGACAGCCCGACUCGAUCGUGCUCCGAAGGUCGCCGAACCUACCGAGUGAGAACGAGUAGCCGAUGCACUGUAUGAAUGAAGCAAGGCGGGGUAGGUACCGAACCGAGCUAAAGUCUGUUUCAAUCUAUUAUACCAGAAAAGUAAACAAACCGGUUUGGUUAAAAUUUUUAAAGCAAUCACUCAAUAAAUGGAAUAAAAUGGAAUAAGUAACACUUUCACGUAUAUUUUGAAGACAUCGACUUAAUAUCUCAUCACUUUUUCCAGCAAUAUUCAUUUGAAUAACAUUUAAAUGUUAUUUGAAAAAUGUUAGUUAAAAUUUGAGGCUGUUUAUGUCUAUGGUUACAUAGGGCUGUAGGGAAAUAACUCAUUCGGUUCAUUCUAAUAAAGUUUUUGUAAUCGAUUAGUGAAUCGAAAAUUUAAUCACAAUCAAACGAAAAUUUAAGUGUAAAGAUUUGAUGGAGGAUUUAAAAUUAGGUUUCGGAAACUUUCAAUUUGCUUUUAUAUGUUAUGUAACAAAAAAAAAUUCCUAAUCCAUAUAUGAAAUAUCAUCAGUCCUUAUUGAAUCACUUAUUUUAGAUUGUAAUCAACAGCGAAAUCGCAUAUAUUAUUUUAUUAUAUAAAAUCCAGCUAUUCCAACUGAUUCAAUCAAACAAAUCCAUUCAUUCAAUUAUUUAAUCGAUUUGUAAUUGGCCAUCACUAAAUUGUCUAUGGUCCAGUCAAUGAUCUGUUUCUUUACUUUUCUGGAACAGACUAUAGCUCGAGUUCAUAAAAAAGUAGCUCCAGUUGACUCGUGGGAGUAACUCGAGUUAAAUAACUCCACUCGCCCAUCGCUAGUUAGCGCCACGAACGAGUUCUAUUCCGGGUAGUUGUCGCGAAUUACUGUUGCAAUGUUGAUCCCUUCAACAAACAUAAAUCUGGACCUUAAGUCUGCUAAUAUUUUUUAAAUCAUUGGUCAUUGUAAUCCGAGACUCCACUGAGAUAAAAUUGCAAUUGUGAUAUUCGUUAUUUUUGUUAUUCGGCUAAAAUCUAGUUGCAAUAAAUUCUCAGUAGAGUGUCAGUGGAAUGGCAGUGAUCGUUUAUCACUAACGAUCGAUGUUGCCUUACUAAAACUACCAUGAAAGUUACUACGUAUCGUCGCCUUAAGGUGAAAAUCUCGCAUACGUCUCACACAGUUUGUUUUUACUGAUUAUUGUUCAAGAAAAACCUCUUGCUCAAAUAUAUUAUUAAAGUAACAUAGUAUCUGAAAGAGGUAUAAUUUUUUACUAAUUAAAAUGCUAACUACAAACAUGACUUGCGUUUACUACAUUUUACAACACAUUUUUAUCUUCCAAAAUUACAUACGAGGUAUCACUCUGAGACGACGUUAUGCAUAUCUUAAUUUUUAUUUCGUUUAAUUAGUAACAAAAUACCACUGUUCGUUCAAUCGUAAGUCAAUGGCAAAAAGGCGUCCAAACGCCAUCGAAGAGCAGAGUACAGUCGGUGCCGUCACUUAAGUAUCCACUAUUUAUAUAGCACUUCGUAGAAAUAGUGGACACCUAAGUGAGGGCAAUGACUGUACUAACAAAUUGCAAUGGCAAUUGAAUAGUAGCUCAUUUGGCAAAGCACUACUCUUACUUUUAUCAGAAUACCAAACGUACAAAACCUGCCAUUGGCACUCUAUCGACAUACAACUGAUUUAAAAUUGGCAGACUUGGGACCCUGAUAUCAUGUAGCGAUUUAAGUUCCGUACAUUAGCCAACUAAUAAAUCUUAUAACGUUAAUGUUAACAAACAACAUCAAAUACGACCUCCUCCUGACAAAAAGCCGUAAAUGGAAGUCUACCACGAAAUACUACACUACGUGACUGUGUUCGCAACAAAGCUCAUACAUAUGGCACUUCUAAUACAAUAGUGUAUUGACUCAAAAAGUGUAUAUUUUCAGAAUCGAUGAAAAAUGUAUUAUUCUCACUUCCCGUGAAAAAUUUAUAUAAUGUAUUUAUAGGUUAAAGUAUAUUACAGACGUCUUAACAAUUUACUUACCAAAUAUAUUUAAAAAUAAAAGUUAAUUUUGUGCAGAUCUAACUUACAAAACGUUUGUCUCAUUCUGAGUUAAGUAGAUAUCUUUUAAUUGUUUCUUAGAAUAUUCUAACAAUGGUUUUAUUGAUGUGUGGAGAAUCAAAUUUUACGUUCAGAAAUCUUGAAUUUUGAGUUACAACACUAUUGUAAUAGCAGUGCGAUAUGUCACUUUUACGAUGAACGUAAUGUCAAAAGUCGAUACGAAAGCUGUCAUUUGGCGUUUCGGAGUAAGGACUUAUGUUAAAUUCGAUUAUGUUAACGUCCGAUAAGAAGCGAAAACGAUAAUCGUUUCGUGGUAGACCUCCUGGUGUUA